GUACGCCAUCCCCUCCGCCCUCCCGCACCGGAAGUGCCACGAGCUUUUCUUCCCCGCUGCCUCCGCAACCGGAAGCCGUUGUGCGCUUCUCACUCGUCCCCCUGGGCCGGUGGGGCUGGACUGGGCCGCGGUCCCAGCGCUGCCGGUGGCGCGGCGGCGGUGUCGGAAGCCCCGCGGUUUUCUUGUGAAUGGAUAUCACCUGAAUCCUCCUACAAGAGUUUAAAUUGCUUGUAAGCAUACCCUAAAUAUGAGUGGCUCCAAACCUGACAUUCUUUGGGCCCCACACCAUGUUGACCGUUUUGUUGUAUGUGAUUCAGAAUUAAGUCUUUACCACAUUGAAUCUGCUGUAAGUUCAGAACUGAAGGCAGGGUCCCUGCGGUUAUCAGAAGAAACUACAGCUACCUUACUGUCAAUAAAUUCAGAUACACCAUAUAUGAAAUGUGUGGCUUGGUAUCCAAAAUAUGAUCCUGAAUGUCUUCUCGCUGUUGGACAGGCCAACGGUCGAGUGGUACUUACUAGCCUUGGUCAAGAUCACAACUCAAAAUCUAAAGAUUUGAUAGGCAAAGAGUUUGUUCCCAAGCAUGCACGACAGUGUAAUACCCUAGCAUGGAAUCCACUAGACAGUAAUUGGCUUGCUGCUGGGUUAGAUAAACACCGGGCUGACUUUUCAGUAUUGAUCUGGGAUAUUAGUAGCAAAUAUGCCCCAGAGACUGCAGUUGCUACAGAGAAGGUGAGACUUUCAGCAGGAGAUGCAGAAGCAGGACUGGUAGUAACAAAGCCACUUUAUGAAUUAGGACAGAAUGAUGCUUGUCUCUCUCUUUGUUGGCUUCCACGGGAUCAGAAGCUUCUUUUAGCUGGAAUGCACCGAAAUCUUGCUAUCUUUGAUCUAAGGAAUACAAGCCAAAAAAUAUUUGUAAACACCAAGGCUGUUCAGGGAGUGACUGUCGAUCCAUAUUUCCAUGAUCGUGUAGCUUCUUUUUAUGAAGGUCAGGUUGCCAUUUGGGAUUUAAGAAAGUUUGAAAAGCCUGUUUUGACCUUGACAGAGCAACCAAAACCUCUAACAAAAGUAGCAUGGUGUCCAACAAGAACUGGACUGUUAGCUACUUUAACAAGGGACAGUAAUAUCAUUAGAUUGUAUGACAUGCAGCAUACUCCUACACCUAUUGGAGAUGAAACUGAGCCUACAAUAAUUGAAAGAAGCGUCCAACCAUGUGAAAACUACAUUGCUUCGUUUGCCUGGCAUCCCACAAGUCAAAAUCGAAUGGUGGUAGUGACUCCCAAUAGGACGAUGUCUGACUUCACAGUUUUUGAAAGGAUUUCUCUUGCAUGGAGUCCAGUAACAUCUUUAAUGUGGGCUUGUGGACGACAUUUAUAUGAAUGUACAGAAGAAGGAAAGGCUAGUUCCUUGGAAAAAGACAUAGCUACCAAAAUGCGGCUCAGAGCUCUGUCAAGAUACGGUCUUGAUACUGAACAAGUUUGGAGAAAUCACCUCCUAGCUGGAAAUGAGGAUCCUCAGCUGAAAUCACUUUGGUACACUCUGCAUUUUAUGAAGCAAUAUACUGAAGAUAUGGAUCAAAAACUUUCAGGAAACAAAGGUCCCUUAGUUUAUGCUGGCAUUAAGUCAAUUGUGAAGUCAUCUUUGGGAACAACAGAGAACCUCAGACACAGUAGGAGUGGAUCUGAUAGACAGGCAGAUAUUAUUCAGUAUCUCAGUGAGGAGAGAUCCUUGGCUUUGCAGCUCUGUGGGUGGAUAAAGAAGGGAACAGACUUAGAUGUGGAACCUUUUUUAAAUUCAUUGGAACAGGAAGGAGAUUGGGAGCGCGCUGCUGCUGUAGCACUUUUCAACUUGGACAUACGGCGAGCAAUACAAAUCCUAAAUAAAGGUGCUUCCUCGGGAAAAGGUGAUCUGAACCUUAAUGUAGUAGCAAUGGCUCUGUCAGGCUACACAGAUGAGAAGAACUCACUUUGGAGAGAAAUGUGCAGCACUCUAAGACUGCAACUGAACAAUCCCUACUUGUGUGCCAUGUUUGCUUUUCUGACAAGUGAAUCAGGUUCAUAUGAUGGUGUUUUGUAUGAAAAUAAUGUAGCUGUGCGAGACAGAGUGGCAUUUGCUUGUAAGUUCCUCAGUGAUGCUCAGUUGAAUAGGUUUAUUGAAAAGCUGACGAAUGAAAUGAAAGAUGCUGGGAAUUUGGAGGGAAUACUGUUAACAGGACUGACAAAAGAUGGAGUGGACUUGAUGGAAAGUUAUGUUGACAGAACUGGAGAUGUCCAGACAGCAAGCUAUUGUAUGUUGCAGGGCUCUCCAUCAGAUGUACUUAAGGAUGAGAGGGUUCAGUAUUGGAUUGAGAACUACAGGAAUCUCUUAGAUGCUUGGAGAUUUUGGCACAAACGUGCAGAAUUUGAUAUACACAGGAGUAAGCUGGAUCCCAGUUCAAAACCUUUAGCCCAGGUGUUUGUGAGUUGCAAUUUCUGUGGAAAGUCAAUUUCUUACAGCUGUUCAGCUAUUCCUCAUCAGGGACGAGGUUUUUCCCAGUACGGAGUUAGCGGUUCACCAACCAAGUCAAAGGUUACAAGCUGUCCUGGUUGUCGUAAACCCCUUCCUCGCUGUGCACUUUGCUUGAUAAAUAUGGGAACACCAGUUUCUAGCUGUCCAGGAGGAUCCAAGUCUGAUGAAAAAGUGGAUCUUAGCAAAGACAAGAAGUUAGCCCAGUUCAACAACUGGUUUACCUGGUGCCACAACUGCAGACAUGGUGGACACGCUGGGCAUAUGCUCAGCUGGUUCAGGGACCAUACUGAGUGCCCAGUUUCUGCCUGUUCAUGUAAGUGUAUGCAGUUGGACACAACAGGGAAUCUUAUUCCAGCAGAGACUGUCCAAGCAUAAAUACUAAGUUUGAAAAUGUGGGGUGCUCUGAUGGAUUUCCAUAACAGUCCAAGCAUAUAUUUUAGAAAGUUGCUUGUGACUCACUGACUGUAAAAAAAUAAAUUGCUAACAGAUUAAUAAACUGGUGUGUGUAUGACUGUGCUUGGUGGAAGCAGAUACUCCUGAAAUGAGCCAACAAGCCUCUGCAUAUAUUAUGUGGGCUUUCUUCAGUAGGCUAAAGCAGUUCAGCUCAAAAGCACUCCUAGGAGUUCUGCUAAAAUUCAAAGCACUUUUAACAAAGUUUUCAGGGUAGUGCCCUUAUGUCCGUUUUCCAAAAAAAAGUUUAUAUGCUGUGUUUAGUGAAAGUGGGCCUCCAAAAUAAACACCUGAAGAGUGUUCUUUCGAAGAUCUCACGGUCAUGCUGUGGAUUCCUCCUUUCAUUCAUUGAUCACUCUUGUAUGCAGUCAUUUUCUUCUAAAGUGCUACUACUAAUUGUAUUCUAAAGAUUGUUAUUUUAAAGAAAAGUCCAUUUCUUUCUGUUCUCAAGUUCUGUUAAUAGUAAAGCAGAUCUUUGCAAUUCAAGAUCUUACAAGAUAUACCUACCUACCUAGCUGAUGUAAAUUUUAAUGGUAGCAGUUUGGGGGGGGGAGUUGACCCUAACAAGACAUCUGCAUCCUGGAGGAGAGUUCCCUGAAAAUCAUGUGUCAGUUUCAGGGCAAAGUGCAGGUAAACUAUAGGGUAAACUGAUUGGGUUAAAUUAUUUUUAAUAUAGUGCUGUGAAGAUCUGAAAUCUCAAAGACUGGAGACUUGUAAAUAUUCAGUUUUAAACUACAUGCUGAGUCUUGACUACAAAUGAAUAGCAAAGAUAUUUGAAUGCUAAAGACGUCUGGAUAAUUGGGAUUUACCUGUGCUUCUGAAAUAUGCUGGGAAGUGUGAAAUGAACCAGUAAAUGGUUUUUUCCUUGUUAGAGUAUUUAUUUCUCUUUCCAGUAUUUUUGCACACCUGCUUCAGGUCACUAGAGAUAACACCAGUUUCCUCCCCAAAAGUUGCACAGCUUUAGGUCAUUGACUAAAAGUAGUUGUAGAUAUAUUACCAGCUGAAAGUGAGAUUAUUUAUGAACUCAUGAGAAAGUCAAUGAUACUUGCUAGUACUGUGCUAGGAGCUAAUCAGUAUUGUUGUCCUUGAUUUUUGUAGGCAACAAAAUUCACACAAAUUAGGGAAAAAAUCUGUUUUAAGGUAUGUGAUAAUAACAUCAGUUUAUUUGGUGUGUGUUUAUUUAAGUAACUCAUUAAGUAAAUGAGUUACUUAAAACUUGUGUGCUAUGAAAUACUAAAUGGAAUGCUAGCAAUAAACUGGUACCAUAUUGCCAGGACUGUGAAAACUGGUGUUUUGAAAGGGAAUAUACUGUUAUAUACCAUUAAUUUUAAGCACGUAGUGUGGUUGCAACAAGAUAGAAUGCAAAAACAUAUUUUCUGUAGAUGUACAUAAUGAUGCAUCAUUUGGGACUUUUAGUUAUGUUUUCUGAUUUUAAUGUUGGUGUUGUAAAUACAUGUUACAUUUACUCUGAUCUAAAAUUCGUGCCAAGCGACAGACAUUUUUAAGUUCAAAUCUAAGAGGUACUUGAAAUUUUAAGUCAGCUUGUCAUAGAAGACCAGUAAAUGUUUUUGUUUUGUUAGAAUAUUUAUUUCUCUUUCCAGUAUUUUUGCAGCUGUUAAGAGAGCUUUGUCAAUCUAAAAUGUCCUCCAUUAAUAAAUGUAAACUGGGGUUUAAUACUCUGUGUAAAUAUAGGCAAUAAAACUUUCAUCUAAUGGCAACGAGGAUUUGUAAGUGUCAAGCAUAUGCUUUUAUUCCUCUGCUGUAACAAUGAUUAGCAAAUUUUCCUGAGAAAUUCCAUGUCUAGUUGAAUGCAACUAAUUUACAAUGUCUCAUUUUCUUACAUGAAGAAAACUCAUUUACAACAUUGUAGAGUUGACUAUACCUGUUUGUGUCAAAUUCUAACAUUUCAUUAAAUUAGAAGCAUACUUUGAUUCUCAGCAUGUCUUUGAAACAUUUUGGAUUAUGAAUGAGUGUAUAUUCUGACCCAGUAUAAGUAGUACCAGCUUUGGCUAUUGUAGUCUGUAUUCAAGCUUUCAGGCCAAUAAUUUCACUGUUUGCAAAAGGUUAGUAUAAAAUGAGAGGUGUGUGCUUUUAAUCAUCAAUUUUUUUCUUGCUUUGCUUUUAAAUUAAUAAAAUUUGUUUUGUGUG